UAUUAUUGCUGUCUGAAAGAGCAACAGUGCAGCAGAAACAGGACAACCCCCUACCCCACAAUAACAUUUGUUACACGAACACCAGGAAGUUGCAGGAUAAGCAUUUAUUUGAAAUGAAGACCAGAAGCGUGACUGGCAAAAUACACUUUGACGGGAGGAGUGUUUGAGGAAUAGAGCAGAGUAUACUGAGUAUACAAAAACAGAAUCCUGAGAAUACAAAAAAAAUAGGCAUGCCUGUUCUAAAAAUGCACAUGCCUUCUAUUAAAAAUACAUUUCAUGGUAUUAAGCUGAACCUUACUGCCUGGUUGGGUCGUAUUUCUCUGCAGAUGGCAGUGAAAUCCCAAGGCUUUAUUUCACAGCAACUGUGUCUGUACGUGCACAAUCGUUUAUUUUAGAGGUGAGGAACUUCAGGCCUUGGGGCCAAAUGCAGCCCUGUAAGCAUUACCUAUCUGGCCUUUGGGAGUUGCCUGACGCCCCACUCCCUCCUCAGGCCCCACCUCUCACCUGCCCGGCUUCAUACUCUUCUCCAGUGUUUUUGCCUGGCUGGAAUGUGCCUUUGAAGACUGAUAAUGCCUCUUGGCUGCCUGGAUGGAGAACUCAGAGGGGCCUGUGGGUGUUUGCAGAAACUAGCCUACUGUACAAGAGUAAAAUUUACAUUUCUUGCUCCACCCACUUUUAUCUCCAGCCCUGCUCACCACCACCACGUGGCCCCUUGAAUGUUGCCCAGAAGGGAAUAAAACCAUCAAAUUGAAAAUGGUUCCCCAGCCGUAAUAUAUCAUCAACUAAUGCACCAUUUUGCUGAUCUAGCAUUUUCACUACAGAAAGAAUAUUUUAGAUUGCUCCAGGUUAAUGUUUUACUUCCAGCAUUGUGGUUGCGUGCUAUACAAAACCCAAGCUUUUAGGACAGAGGAUUAGGAAAACAUGCUUUCUUAUGCCCCACCAGAUUAAAGAAUGUUGUAAUUUAUCUACCCUUUCCUGGCUGACAGAUGGUCAUUCAAAUCCAAACUACCGGCCCUGCCAUUCCUGUUGGAGUAGAUGUACAAGUUGAAAGCUUGGACAGUAUUUCAGAGGUUGACAUGGACUUCACCAUGACACUUUACCUUAGACAUUACUGGAAAGAUGAAAGGCUAUCGUUUCCAAGUACCAACAACCAAAGCAUGACCUUUGAUGGCAGACUAGUGAAAAAGAUCUGGGUGCCGGAUAUGUUCUUUGUGCAUUCCAAACGAUCCUUUAUCCAUGACACCACCACAGAUAACGUCAUGCUCCGGGUCCAGCCAGAUGGGAAGGUGCUUUACAGCUUGAGGGUUACUGUAACAGCUAUGUGUAACAUGGAUUUUAGUCGCUUUCCCCUUGACACACAAACGUGUUCACUGGAAAUUGAAAGCUAUGCUUACACUGAAGAUGAUCUCAUGCUGUACUGGAAGAAUGGCAACGACUCCCUGAAAACAGAUGAGAGGAUAUCGCUAUCCCAGUUCCUCAUACAAGAGUUUCACACUACCACCAAACUUGCCUUUUAUAGCAGCACAGGCUGGUACAACCGCCUCUACAUCAACUUCACUUUACGCCGGCAUAUCUUCUUCUUCUUACUCCAGACCUAUUUCCCUGCCACUCUGAUGGUCAUGCUGUCCUGGGUGUCUUUUUGGAUAGACCGCAGAGCUGUGCCUGCAAGAGUUCCCUUAGGGAUCACGACGGUGCUGACCAUGUCUACCAUCAUCACUGGCGUCAAUGCCUCCAUGCCUCGGGUUUCCUACAUCAAAGCUGUGGACAUUUACCUCUGGGUCAGUUUUGUGUUCGUCUUCCUUUCGGUGUUAGAGUACGCAGCAGUAAAUUACUUGACUACAGUGCAAGAGCGAAAGGAACGGAAGCUGCGAGACAAGCUUCCUUGCACUUGUACACUACCUCAGUCAAGGCAACUGAUGGGGAUGGAUGGCAGCUAUAGUGACGGGGAGGUGAAUGAACUGGGACAGUAUGUGUCUGAAAAUGGAGAUAAACAAGACCGAAUGAUGGUUCAGCUGGCACUUGGCUCAGAAAGGAAUUCAAGCAGGAGGAAAAACCAGAGAUACAGCAGCAUGAGGAUUGAUACACAUGCCAUUGACAAGUACUCCAGAAUAAUAUUUCCAGGUGCUUACAUUUUAUUUAACCUGAUAUACUGGUCCAUUUUUUCAUAGUUAUUUCUUUAGCCAGUUUCCAUGUGGGUGGGACAUGUGUUAACUGUAUGAAAUUAAUGUCCAUCAAGAAAAUGUGACAAUAGAGACUGUUCAAUACUCCUGUUACAUGAAAUUCACACAAUGCACUCUCCAAUUUAUUAUACUGAGACCUAAGUGGAAAUCUCUGCUGAACUGCCAGUUUCACCAGGCCUCAAAAUGGCCAUCAUGGUAAAUCAAAACAAUAAAAAGUAGGGAGAGGGAGGAAUGAAAAUUUGCAAAGUGACAAAUGCUUUUAUUUCAAAAGGCAAUAUGUGAUAGGCAUUUUUAAAGUACAGAAUAUUCUAACAGUGUCGCUAUGAUGGCAAGAAGAAUUUCAGAGCACAUCUGUGUUCCAAUUACAGAAACGAUGGACCAUGUUAAUAUUUUUGUUUCAGUUUGUAAAUAUAUACAAUAUUGUAAAAUUAUCUAUUUAAGUGUAAAUUGCAAAUCUAAACAGUGUAUUGUACACUUUUACCAUCAAGACUCCUCUCAAGU